UCAAGCAAGCAGCGUAUUCUUGAGGGAUUCUGAUCAGUCUCGGCCUCUCACGGAAAGAAGAGACUGCCUACUGAACUCGCUGGUUUCGUGUGAUCUAGAGCUCGGGAGUUACUCUAGUUAGAGCAUCUCCAACAGCCGCGCUAAACUAGCGCCGCGCCGCAAAUUAGACCGUUUUAGCGCGCGCGCAACGCGGCGGGUCGCUUCAGCGGGCGCGCAAAAACGGCGCGCACGUUAUAACGGGUGAGCGUGCGGUUGAAAACACUUACCCGCGCGGCGUAUUUCGGGCGCCAGCUACAGCGCGCGGCACACUCGAGCGCUCGCGCCGCACUCUCUCCUCUCCUCGUCCUACGCCCCGCGCGCGCCGGCGCCGGCGCCCUGCCACCCACCCAUGGACGCACACACCGGCGCCCCGCUCACCCCGCUGUACCGCCGCCGCCGCCGCCGGAAACCCUAGCGCGGGAAGCGCCGGCGUCGCCACCGCCGGAGCUCCGCCGAGCGUCGGCCUCGCGCGCAGCCUCUUCUUGCCACCGCGGAUGACCACGGCGCCGGGAGUCGUCUUCGAAAGAUGAGGACGAAGACGAAGACGAGGAAGAUGAAGAUUGAUGUGUCUUUCAUGUCUUGAACUUUAGUUUGCAUUUGAACUUGGUUGGAUAAACUUGUGGGCAUGAUUUUGAACUUGUGGGCAUGAACUUUUAUUCAUCAACUUGUUUGUGUCAAAUUUCAUAUGUUCAUUUUUGCCCAAAAAUCAUAUAUGCAAAAUGCCCGACGAGUCGCACGCGCUGUAUUUUUGCACUCUGCUGGAGCGGCGUGCGCGCGCUGCAUUAUAGCGCGGCUGCUGGAGCCAGCGCAGGCGGGCGCGUAAAACCAGACGCAGUGCGCGUGGUAAACAUGUUUUUUGCGCGUGACGCUUAGCACGGCGGUUGGAGAUGCUCUUAGUUGGCAUGGAGUUGGAGAUGGUGAGCCAGCACGGGGCGCUGCUGAAGGUGGGGUUGUUCGUGCUGGUGCAGGUGCUGGUGUACCUCAUCCUCGCCCAGUCCUCCUUCGUCUUCUCCACCACCGAGACCCUCGGCCUCCCCGUGGCGCGCGCCCUCAGCGCCCGCCGCAUGGUCGCGCUGCUCUCCGACCUGCCGCUCGGCGGCGAGCCCUCGCCCCGCGCCGGCAUCGUGGAGCCGUCGUCGCCCGUGGCCCUGGCCGCGCACGCCCACCAGAAGAAGGAUUAGUUAGUGUUAGCUAUCCACACCAUUCUUUGAUUGUUUGGUUCGUUCUUUGGGACUGUAUAUAUAUGUAAACUGAACUACACGCCGAUGUGGUUUGUGCAGAAGACCACAGUGCGGUCGUGCUU